GCGAUGUUAUUGGGGUCCUUCGGUGACCCGUGACGAAGUAGAGGAACAGCUGCUUUGAUCACCUCUUGCUUACUUGCCACAACGUAAUAUUUCAAACAAUAACACAUCUCAGAGGGGUCAUUGAAUUGUGAUAAAAUGACUGAAGAUUCCAGUGAUUCGUGCUCGGUGGCUACAGAGUCUUCUGGAGUAGAGGUUCUGUACCGGGACUCAGCAGCAGCGGAAGGUAGCAGCGUAACGAAGGACCCGUCCGAUGUUUUCCUGAGAAGUCUGGUGGAUCUUGUGAACGAUGACGAUGUAAACGCAGUUCUACAGGCUCAGAAACACAUGGUGAACAGAUUCGAGAAGACCAAUGAGAUGCUGCAGAGUUUCAACACCUUGUCAGCCAUCCGGUUUGACGAGACACAGGAGAUGUUCAAGAAGCACACUCAGACACUGCUGGACAUGAAGAAGGACCUGGAUCACAUCUUCAGAAGAAUCAGGGAACUCAAAGGAAAGGUCAGCAAACAGUAUCCUGAGGCGUUUCAAGCUGCUGAGGUACAGGUUCGACAGUGGGAAGAGUCAACCAUGUCCCCCACCUCACCACUCCCAGAAGGAGCAACAUUUACAGUUGAUACAUCGACUUCAGGGGAACACUCCACAAACGACUCUGUACAAGCGCAACAGACAGACGUUUUAGGAGCGCCUCAUGCUCAAGAUCUGGACUUGAGAUUACAUUAGACUUGCUCAGUCUCGUGUCUUUCUUUGAAGGAAAACACAGCAACUGAAGAGACACUACCAUUUGAAGAUGAAUUUAAUCUUCAAAUUCAGAAGCUACUCGAUUUCAGACUAAUAUUAGGCUUUUCUGGGACAUACUUAUUGUCGACAAAGGAAUCAACUUGUACAUGUUAUUUUAUUUCAGUACCUCCUUGUUGUCAAGUCACACAAGCUAUUUCAAAACACGUCCCUGUCAGCAAAGAAAAUUGUUGACUUUGAAGCAUGUGUGUGUCCUUCAAUGUGCUAGAAAUCAAUGUCUAUCAGAAAGGUUUGCUCUUUUCUACUUGACACAAAUACAUGGAUGAAAAGACCUUACUGUGCCAUGUACUGUCAGGACAAUAUUGUUACAAGAAGUGUCUGAAAUAACAUGUUUGCUGCUUUUUCAUGUUCUGUAUAUGACAGAUUUAUGACACAAAUUGAGGGAUUUCUAAGCACAGUUGCAGAUAUGUCAUACAAAAUUAAUCUGUCUGUGAUUUAAAAGGUUGUUGUAGAUCCGUUUCGACAGCCAACACCAUUAUUAUAGGCUUUCUGAAAAUCCCAGGACAAAUAAAUCGUACAAUGAU